AAGAGACAGCAGGAGAAGGCUUGCGAUGGUAAUAACAAAACCAUCUGUUGUGUAAUUCUUUUCAAGAAGGAACUUGCUAUCUGCUGGAAUGGUAUUACAUUAUCGGGCACCGCUACUGCCUCGGCAGAAAUCUUUUAUCCCACCACAGAUUCCGAAUCCAUUUGUCCAUGAAAUCAAUCUGAAAUUCACUGAUAAGAUACGGAUAAUGCUAUGUGGUCUUUUCAUUCUACCUAUAAGGAUAAUUAUCUUUGUGACUGUCUUAAUAAUGUCAUGGUUGGUUGCAUCCUUUACUACCUGCUGUAUUCUGAAGGUGAGCUUGGAGCCACUAAAGGGAUGGAGAAGAAAUGUAUCAAAGCACUUUCUAUGUUGCCUUGGACGUCUCCUUUAUUUCUCGAUGGGAUUCCAUGUUCGUAUCACUGGAAAGCCUGCAAAUUUCUCUGAAUCUCCAAUCUUUGUGGUUGCUCCACACUCUUCAUUCUUUGAUGGGAUUGCAGUGAUUGCAUCUGGGAUGCCCUCAACUGUAUCCAGAGAAGAAAACAUUGCUGUGCCCAUAUUUGGCAGUAUCCUCCGUUCCCUCCAGCCCAUACUGGUGUCAAGAACAGAUCCUGAUUCUAGAAAACACACAAUCGAUGAAAUAACUAAGCGAGCAACAUCACAAGGAGAGUGGCCACAGAUUUUGAUUUUUCCAGAAGGUACCUGUACAAACCGCUCCUGUUUAAUAUCAUUUAAGCAAGGUGCUUUUUAUCCUGCAGUCCCUGUACAACCCAUUAUCCUACGAUACCCAAACACUUUGGACACAGUCACCUGGACUUGGCAAGGAUUUACAGUCACAAAACUUUUAUCUAUGACUGUAUGUCAGUUCUGCACCAACGUUGAAGUGGAGUUUCUUCCUGUUUAUGUCCCUUCAGAAGAAGAGAAAAAAGAUAUUUUUCUCUAUGCAAACAAUGUUCGCAAUGUCAUGGCUAAGGCUUUGGGACUGCCAACAACUGAUCAUACCUAUGAAGACUGCAGGCUAAUGCUCACUGCCAGAGAGCUAACACUUCCCAUGGAGACUGGCCUUGUUGAGUUCACAAAAAUCAGCAAAAAGUUACGCAUAAAAUGGAAUGACAUUCAGAAACAGCUGGAGGUUUUUGCUUCUAUUGCUGAUAUGUCAAAAGGAGGAAGAAUUGGAAUUGAAGAAUUUGCCACCCACUUGAAGUUACCAGUAUCUGAUGUAUUACAAGAGUUGUUUGCAUUGUUUGACAGGAAUAGAGAUGGUACCAUAGAUUUCAGAGAAUAUGUCAUUGGGAUCGCCAUCCUGUGCAACCCUGCCAAUUCUGAGGAAACUAUUCAAAUGGCAUUUAAGCUGUUUGAUGUAGACCAAGAUGGAAGCAUAACAGAGGAUGAGUUCAGCUCUUUGUUGAAAUGCGUUUUGGGAGUCCCUGACCUUGAAGUAUCUAAUCUUUUCCAUGAUAUGGAUGCUGACAAAUCAGGAAAGAUCACCUAUGAGGAGUUCAAAAACUUUUUCCUGAAGCACCCAGAAUAUGCUAAACUGUUUGUAACAUACCUGGAACAUCAGAAAUUUUACAUGCAUAUGUUACAACAAAAGGAAGAUGAAGAGAACCUGUUGGAGCCUCAUAUUUCAGAAGAUCAGGACAAAAUGAAUAUUAAAGAUGAAACUACAACAGGCAAGAAAGAAGACUGAUAGAUGAGCCAUAUAUUUCAAAAUGCACUGGAUUAUUUUUUAAGAAUUCUGUUC